UCCGCUUUGCGGCAAUCCCAAGGGUGGGAAGUGUCAGUCCCAUGGGAGCGUGGUCAGUGGUCACAAGAAGACACCCCCACCACCGCUCCCUCGGUCUUGUGUUUGCUGUGCUGGCUCACAAGAGUCCCCGUUCCUCGCUCCUUAGUGGCUUCAGCCGGUCGACCACACGCGGAGUGCUUGCGUCGGCCAUGGUGGUUCCAGUGCAUCCUUCCGCAUUCGCCUUCUGUUUCCAUCUGGCGAAGAUGUCGGAUUCGCAGAUGCAUCGGAUUUCUGACAGCCGUCCGAUCGUAGACUCGGUGGACAUAUCAAACGGCUAUGAAGCCUUUUAUAUGGCCUGGCUCACGCCGCUGGCUUCUUUUAAAGUACAUACAGCCAGUAGCUCGGCUGUCGUGAGCCCUUGUUGCCUACAGCCCUUUAGGCCAUUCUCCGAGACUUUCGCCGAGCCAGUGGCUUCAUGUACAUAAGGUCAUUCUCUCCGGGCUCGCGACAGCCUAACGCAUUAGGGCACGAAGAAAGAUAUCCCGCAAUGAAGAAUCCGGAUUUUCCACUGUCAUGCAUAUCGUGCAUAUCGUGCAUAUCAUGCAUAUCAUGCAUAUCGUGCAUGUCCUCGAGUGGUUGGGAGGAGGGUCGUCAGGAAAGGCGUGUCCCAAGAAAGGCAUCUGAUGCUUCGUCAAACGCCUUGACGGAUUCCGUUGCAGCAUGUCAGUUACUCAGUCAGUCGAUCGGAGCAGAAUCUCCUGGCUCUGAAGGCUCCCGGAAGCUCAAUGCUUCCAAUUCAGGCUCACGCUCAGUCUCGGGCUCAGGCUCAGGCUCGGGCUCAGGCUCAGGCUCGGGCUCGGGCUUGGGCUCGGGCUCGGGCUCGGGCUCGGGCUCGGGCUCGGGCUCGGGCUCGGGCUUGGGUUCGGGCUUUGGCUCAGGCUCGGGCUCAGGCUCAGGCUCAGGCUCAGGCUCGGGCUCAGGCUCAGGCUCAGGCUCGGGCUCAGGCUCAGGCUCAGGCUCGGGCUCAGGUUCGGGCUCAGGCUCGGGCUCAGGCUCGGGCUCAAGGGCUCUCCAAGGAGGCUUUCACUGGAAGCAGCCCGUGAUUCAAGCUCCGAGUGCCUGUCAAGCCGUUCUGAUCGUGGCACUGAUAGCCGCACUCGCAGCCUCUUGCCAAGCGGCCACGCACCCAUCUGACGUGGCGGCUCUUCAGCGCUUCCAAUCAUCUGUCUUCACCAUCUCUAGCAGCAGACGUGCCAGCAGCAGCGGUAACAACAACAGCACCAGCGGCAGCAGCAAUAACAAUAGCAGCAGCAGCGGCGGCGGCGGCAGCAGCAGCAGCAGUGUGAUAGUCGGUAGGGAGGUGACUUUUGAGUCGACUCAAAAGUCACCUAGCAGCGGCGGCGGCGGCGGCGGCAGCAGCAGGAGCGGUGUGAUAGUCGGUAGGGAUGGGGACGAGCUCCCCGGAGUGCCGGGAUGGUUCCCCUCACCCGAUUCCGACCCCUGCCAGGACGCCUUCCCAGGAGUGCAGUGCUCCAAUGACAACCCGCCACGUGUCACAGGCCUCGGACUCUACUCCCAGAGGCUGCAGGGCUCCUCACUGGAAGCUCUCGCUCUGUUGACUCGCCUUGAGUUCAUUGACCUCGAGAGCAACUGCUUCCACUGCCGACUCCCCAAGGCCUUCUCCCGCCUCCUCCACCUCACCUACCUCGACAUUUCCAAGAACCUUCUCCACGGGGCCCUCCCGGACUUCUCCCGCCUGCCCCUCGAGUUCCUCUUCCUCGACAGGAACCGCCGCGCUUCUGAUGCCAGCUCGGAUACUGGUGCUGCUACUGCCUCUGCCUCUGGUGCACUGCAAGAGGCAGCACUGCACACGGCAGCAGUACUGAAAGACACACCUACCAUGGCGAGAAGGCAGUCUGGCCUCUCAGGACGGAUUCCAGCGGGCCUGGCGAAUGUGACCACCUUGCGUGCACUUGACCUCUCGUUCAACUCCUUGUCCGGCUCCAUCCCUUCCGCUCUCACGUCCUGCCUCACUCGCCUGCUCCAUCUCGGCCUGCAGAGCAACCGGCUCUCAGGAGCCAUUCCUCCCCUGGACCGGCUGACACAGCUGGCAACCCUACAGAUCGCCUUCAACCCCUUCACCCCAGCGCCUCUCCCUCCCUCCAUCCCACGCCUCACCUCGCUCGUCCUCGUGCUCGACCUCUCUGCUAUCAACCUCCGAGGGCCCCUCCCGGACCUCUCCUCUCUUGCUGGAGUGUCGGAUCUUCUGCUCGAUUUCAACGGCCUGGAUGGGCCGCUGGACCCCGCCUUCCUGCCCUCUGGCCGGCUGGGAUUCUUCUCAGCCCACAGCAACAACCUCUCAGGGCCCAUCAGCCCCCAGCUGUCCACCCCCCUGGCGUCCCCAAUCUUCUCCAUUCUGGAUUCUGGUCUCAUCCUCGCCAACAAUUCCUUUUCGGGCAGCCUGCCCGCCAUCCUGGGCAGGCUGGUGCAGUCGUACGUGGUCGACGUGUCGCACAACCGCUUGUCGGGCCGCAUCCCGCCUUCCUUUGGCAUGCUCUACCAGCUCACGCGCUUCCUCCUCAACGACAACGCCUUCAGCGGUGCCAUCCCCACUGAGCUGGGAAUCGCCACCGGACUGAGAAUGUUACACCUCAGUGGUAACCGCCUCUCCGGCGUUGUGCCAGCCAGCUUCACCGCCCUCACGCGGCUGCAGGAAUUGGACCUGAGCCGAAACCACCUCGUUGCUUCCCUCCCUGACUUCGCCUCCUCCCUCCUCCACCUCACUCGCCUCAACGCCUCUCACAACUUCCUCUCCGGCUCCCUGCCAUCCCUCCUCCCUCCCUCCCUUCUCUCGCUCGAUCUCUCAAACAACUUUUUCUCGGGCAGCCUGCCCAGAUCGUCUGAUUGGUUGCCAGCGAACACGACUGCCCGACUUCGUGCGAACUGCCUGCUGCUGCCAUCCUGCCCUGUGCCCCCGAACCUGAGGUCCAGCCUCGGUGAACAGUUAGAAGUCAGCUUUGGGCCGAACCUGGGUGCUGCUGGUUCGGCUUGUUGGCUGGCCAAUCAGCGGCACGAGAGGCAGUGUGCUGCGUUCUGUGGAGCCAAUGAUGGCACGACACAUGCAUGCAGUGGGCGUGGCCACUGCGUUCCCUCCUCCGCCUCUCGCAAGAGGUUGACCGGAAAAGUUUUUCACUGCACCAACAGCAGCAGCAAUAACAGCAGUAAUGGCAGCAGCAACAGCAGCAGUGACAGCAGCAGCAAUAGAAGCAGCAACAGCAGUACGAGCAGUACAGGCAACAGCACUGCAGGGACAGGCAACAGCACUGCAGGGACAGGCAACAGCACUGCAGGGACAGGCAACAGCACUGCAGGGACAGGCAACAAGCUUGGAUGCACAUACGGCAUUUCCCUUUCACCCACCCCCGACAACGAGGAGGGCAGCAAACACAGCAAGUCUAAACCUCCUACCCGCCUAGGGCAUGCAGACCUGAGCACUAUGUCUCUUAGUGAGGUUGCCUAUAAGCGGGAUGCAUUGUUGCAGCAGUCGAAACAGUGGUUGGGGGAUGUGAGAGUCCGUGUGAGUGAAGGAGGGGAGAAGAGGAAAGGAAAGGGGAGAGGAGGGGGGAGAGGGAGGACGAGGGUGGGAGGGAAGGACGUGAGGGAGUGGGUGGAGAAGAUGCGACAGUUAGUCAGGAAAGGGAGGGGAAGGUUAGUAGAGGAUGAUGAUAGUUAAUACCGCUAUCUAUCAGGCAAGGCAGCAUUCGCAGAUGUGAGUGCUGUUGUUAUCGCUGCUGCCGUAGGUUGGCAUUUCAUGUAAGGAAUUUAUAAAUAGUAAGUAGAGAG